UUGGACCACCAGAGCCCAGACGCUGAUGGUAGUUAGGCAGGACCGGUGCAAUGUCUGGAAUGUGGAAAAAACAAACUUUAAUGAAUUUAGAAGUAGAAGUUUUAUUGUGAAGAAAGUGAGUACUUCAGCUAUUGGCUCCGAGAGCAUGCUAAUUGACUAAUCAUUUAAAGGUCAAACUCCUCAACAUUAUGUCAACUUUAAUGAUUUGCAAGCCAAAUAGUGAGCUCAUAUUAAACAACAAAAAUGUCACUUUGACAUUUCAGAAAUAAAUUAUGUUGAGAUCUAAACUACAACAUAAUGACUGACAAAGUAUUUUUCUAAGAAUUUCAGACCAUGGCUGUCUACUGCCGACAAGAACAUUUAGCAGAUUUUCAAGGAAAACUGAUUGUUUAAUAUAAGCUGUCUGAGUUUUUUUUUUGGCUCUAUUAUUACAUUUUCUAAACUAAGCAAACACUGAUUUGCACAUUGCACUUUCAUCUUCCUUUUUUUUAUUGGAUAUUGAUAUUUUUGUUUGACUUUGACGUGCAGCCUUCUUAUCUCUCCUCAUGUUUGACUCAGAAGGCCAAAGGACACACAGCGUUUUAAAAAAACAAAACAGAAUUGUAAUUUCCCAAAAACAUUUGCAAUAUUUACAAAUCCUGUGUAACUUUAGAACUUUGACAGCAAUGACUGUAGAUACCAUUCUUUAUUUACAGAUAAUUGUUUUAAUUUAUUCACGUUUGACCUGAUAAACGUCUGAGUUUUUUAGAAGAAAAAUGAAAGUCAAUCUGUCAAACACGAGGAGACUUAGACCCUCAAUUACCAAUGAAAUGUCAAAACAUAAUUUUAAUCUAAAAUAAAAUAAAACAAAAUUAUGUCCACUACAGUUAUUUUUAAAUGCAACUUUCCUUAGAAAAUAAUAUUGUGAAUCUAAAGGUCAGAUUGAGAAUUCUGGCAAACAAGUACAAUAGUUAAUUGCUUGCUUUUCAAGUAUCUUUUAAGCAAAUUAUGUUUGUUGCACAUUAGAAAAAACAUUUUAUCUAAUUUAUCCUGCUAAUAUUAGAAACUAAGAUACUUUGUUUUGUUCAAAUUAAUGAGACAAACUAACCAGAUAUAGUUAAAAGAAAGUUUUAAGUUGUAGAUUGGGUAGACAGCAAAAAAUUAUUAGAAAACUUAAACUAGAAAGUGAAAUCCAACAAAAGCUAUACUGACAAAAACAUUUGUUAAAAAAUUGAUUAUUUGAACGAACCAACAUUGUAAGUGUAGUUUAUGGUUUAUGUAACAAAAUGAGUUAUGUCUUACAUCAGAGCUUCUCAUUGUUUUUAUAGCGGAGGGCCAAAUUAAGAAAACAACAUUAGACUGGGGGACAAUUGUGAUGAAAAAAAAGGAUAAAGAGAAAAAUGUUUUUAAUAACUUCAAUGACCAAGUGUUAUUUAUACAGUUAACAGAGCAUAAACAGAGCAAGAUUAGCUGAGAAAUAUUGGAUCAACUUGGAUAAAACAUUUCCUACCACUAGAUGGUAGUCAGACUCCAAACUUUCUGAUGUUUUUACUGCACUGCCCUCAAUACACGUUUGCAGCUGAGAAACACAGAGAGAAUUGGAGAAGAAAGUUUUACAAAGACAUCCAGGGUUUGAGGAUUUUUCUGCGGUAUGCUUCUGAAAUGAAAAAAAGCAUAAGUGGAUGGAGGCGGUAAAGCUCAUCUUAUCCUAGUCGGUGCUGUGCUGGACUCAGAGAUGGGACAGUGUCAUCAACCCUCCUGCUUUGUCUGUGCUCUCCUCCUCAAACUCAGCUCCUGCAUGGAUUACUGCUUUUGUCUUCUGCCAGCAUCUGUGGAGCACUGAGAGCUGCAAGGAGGAUUGUUUCAGAGCGGUCAUUUUUGUUGUGUUCUCACUUUUGUGUGUGUGCAUGGCUGGAAUAAUGUCUCCAUGCUGGAGGAGAAGUUUUCUGUUUGUGCUGAUGUUUGGUCCCAUGCUGUAUAUUCUCACUGCUGAAAAUGCUGGACCAGGCAGUGACACCAGGCAAGAUAAGACGUCCUCGUGCUUUGGAGGCUUUGAUCUCUACUUUGUUUUGGACAAAUCUGGAAGUGUGCAGAAUCACUGGACAGAGAUUUACUACUUUGUUGAGCAUCUAGCGCAUAAAUUCACGAGUCCACAGUUGCGAAUGUCCUUCAUUGUGUUCUCCACAGAGGGACGGAUCCUGAUGGGCUUGACAGAAGACAGAGAACGAAUUCGUAAAGGUCUGGAGGAGCUGUACGCAGUCCGUCCAGGUGGAGACACGUUCAUGCACGACGGGAUCCAGAGGGCUAGUGAGCAGAUUUACUAUGGAAAUACAGAGGGUUAUCGCACAGCCAGUGUCAUCAUAGCUCUGACAGAUGGAGAGCUGCAUGAAGAUCUUUUCUUCUAUGCUGAGAGGGAGGCCAACCGCUCCAGAAGUCUGGGUGCCUCCGUUUACUGCGUGGGAGUGAAGGACUUCAAUGAAACGCAGCUGGCAAAGAUUGCAGACAGCAAAGACCAUGUCUUCCCUGUAAAUGAUGGCUUCAACGCUUUGCAGGGAGUAAUUGACUCAAUCCUUAAAAAGUCCUGCAUCGAGAUCCUGGCAGCAGAGCCCUCCAGUAUCUGUGCAGGAGAAUCCUUUCAGGUGGUUGUGAGAGGAAAUGGGUUCCUGCACACCAGAAAUGUCGACAAAGUCCUGUGCAGCUUCCGAAUCAAUGACACCUCGACGAAGACAUUGAAGCCUUUGACUGUGGAAGAUUCCUAUCUGCUCUGCCCUGCGCCGGUGCUUCAGGAUGAGGGAAUGGCGGCAAACCUCUACGUCAGUAUGAACGAUGGUCUCAGUUUCAUCUCAAGUUCAGUCACUAUAACCUCUGUGAGCUGUUCUGACGGGACGCUCUUGGCCAUAGCGUUGCUCAUCCUCAUGCUGCUGCUGGUCUUGGCUCUGCUCUGGUGGUUCUGGCCUCUUUGCUGCACCGUGAUCAUCCAUGAACCUCCACCGCCGCCUGAAGAGGAAAGCUCGGAUGAGGAAGAUUUUGAUGCGCCUAAGAAGAAAUGGCCAACUGUGGAUGCUUCCUACUAUGGAGGAAGAGGAGUAGGAGGAAUUAAAAGGAUGGAGGUUCGAUGGGGUGAAAAAGGCUCCACUGAGGAAGGAGCGAAGCUGGAAAAAGCCAAAAAUGCUAAAGUGAAGAUGCCUGAGCAGGAGUAUGAGCUGUCUCCUACGCGGGUUCUCAACAACGGCAUGCACAAACCUCCAGAACCACGCAAGUGGUACUCACCGAUUAAGGGUAAAUUAGAAGCUUUGUGGGUACUCCUGAAAAAAGGCUAUGAUCGAGUCUCUAUUAUGAGACCUCAUCCCGGAGACAAGGGCAGAUGCAUGAACUUCACUCGCACAAAAUCUCCACCUCCUCACUAUCCCCAAUACAACCAAAAGCCUCCGUCCAUCUACAACCCCCCCAACAGGAGUCCUCCUUCCCCACCCCCGACUCCCGGCGGCCCGCUGUCAUUUUCCUUCUCCAAACUUCCAUCACUGCCACCAACACCUCCACCAAUUUCCCCCUGUCCUUCCGCUCAACCUCCCCCUUACACGCCCCCGCCCGAUCGGGCUCUCCCUUCACCCAGCCUGCCCUGUCCACCGGCACCCCCACCAACCCCUCCUCCCUGUGUCCCACCAGCUGGCCCUCUGCCCCCUCCUCCUGGACGAGCUCCUCCUCCUUUGCGCCCGCCGCCUCGUCCAGGUGUGUAGAGCACCGCCAAGAGGGAGGACAGCAUCUGACUGACCGGUUCAUUGAUGGGUUCAUGAGGAGACGUGAGCGCCUGGAGCCACACUAGCUGAGGAUGUUAUGUGAAGAGGUAAAGCGAGGAUGUGUUUUCAUCCGUCUACAGGGACUUUGUAAACAUGUAGCCUAACAGUGCAAUUACUAAAAAGCUUGAAGUAUUCUUCAGAGACCUUUAGACUUCUCCACAGAUGGAGGUCAGGAAGCCUGGUGCUGGGGUGCUGCUGUUGACCCAUCAGCAAAGAGGACAUAGGAGAAUUCCUGAUAGCAGAGGAACAGUCAUGCACAACACCAGUAUGCCUGAGAGUUUAUCCAUUCAUCCUCAGUCAGCCUGCAGUGCCUUUUUGUUGCCUCUAAUCUAGAUGGUUUCAAACUCUUGAUGAGAAAGAAACCUUUUGAAAGUAGAUGAAUCUAAGAAGACUGGGCAUCAGACUCUUGAAUGUUAACAGCAUGCAGUUUUGUUCGAAGAUUUACAUGAAUAAAAAUGCUUUUAAAGGUGUAUUUCUGUUCCCAGGUAAACUGUUCUUUUACUGUGUUUUAAGUCAGUUAUAUCUAAAAAGCAAAAAAACAAAAAA